GAUAGUUUGAAUAGGCACAUCAAUUUCACUAGCAGCUUCUCAUUAACUCAUAAGUAGAGCUUUCCGUCCCUUCUCUCCGAUCUUCUUCUUUCUUUCUCCUCUCCCUCUCCUUCCUCCCUCUUCUUUCCCCGUCCGAUCUUCCAAAAUGGUCUCCUCCGCUUUACUCUCCCUCACCCUCGUAGCCUCCAAGGUAGCAUCCCAAUUCGUAAACCCACCCACAGAUCUUAUUACGAAAUUGGGAAGUGCGGGCAUCCAAGUGAGGUAUAAAGAGGUGCCAACGGGCAUCUGUGAGUUGGAUCCUGAGGUUAGGAGUUUUGCGGGGUAUGCGGAUGUCGAGAAGGACCAGCAUAUUUUCUUUUGGUUUUUUGCGGCAAGGAAUAACUCUGACAAUGGUGUGGAUCCUCUGGAGGCACCUUUGACGGUAUGUGCGAAUCUUUUUCAUUUUGGCCUUUUGAGGUAUGGAGGGGCCUUCUUUUUUGUUUGAGGGUUUGGGGUGUGAGGAAGUGUGGGAUGUUGGGAUAUACUUGGAUGAGCGGGAACUGAGAUCACAAGAUGGCGGGGCUACAGUGUACCUAUCUGGCUCUCUUAUUUCUGCGAUCUUGCGAAUUGAGAACUUCUACACCGACCAUGUUCACCUGAAAUUUCCAUCAUUGUGCAGUACUUGCUGACUCCGUUACUAGGUCUGGAUCAAUGGGGGUCCUGGCUCGUCUUCCAUGAUAGGCUUGUUUGAGGAAAAUGGGCCUUGUCGAAUCGACAGUGAUGGAAAUGUUUACAACAACCCCUACUCGUGGUCAAGUGUUAGCAACAUGUUAUGCAAGUUUAUGAAAACCCGUUAUGUCAACAUAUUGAUGCUAACUUAUACCACAGAUAUCGAUCACCCUGCUCAGGUUGGUUUCUCAUAUAGCAUACCGAUCAAUGGUUACACAGAUGGGUGAGUGUCAUGGUCCAAGAAUUUCCGCAGGUAUACUAACUAUCAUCAGCGGUUCGAUCGUCAGUCUUCCAGACAACAUUUGUCCUGAACACGCUGGGGAAAACUGCGGCACAUUCAGCUAUCCAAACCUGACCUUAACAGCAAACUCCACCGCCAAUGCUGCACCUAGCUUCUGGAAGACCAUCCAAGGCUUUAUGGGUGCCUUCCCAGAGUAUUCCAGAAACGGAUUUCAUUUCGCAACUGAGUCUUAUGGUGGGCACUAUGGUCCUAUCUUCAAUGAGUAUAUUGAGGAGCAAAACGCCAAAAACAUACCUGGUGCCCAAAACGUCUCCCUGGAAACCGUCUUGAUUGGGUAUGUAUUUGAAUGACUUAGACCACGGUAUAGCAAGUACUAAAAUGCUCAAAGGAACGGCUGGUACGAUCCUCUUCUCCAAUACCAAGCCUACUACAAUUUCACCAUUUCCCCCGGGAAUACAUACGACUUUGACCCAUUCAACGCAAGCGUGAAGGCCGAGAUGUACAACAACCUUUACGGAGCCGGAAACUGCGUAGACCAGAUCAAAGACUGUACAGCUCGAGGACUCGACUCUAUCUGCGCAGCCGCCGACAACUUCUGUGCUGAUAUGGUGGAAAACAUCUAUGAUAAAUACACUGGAAGAGAUGAAUAUGAUUUACGACAACUGGUCCCAGAUCCAUUUCCUUAUCGUUAUUACACAGAUUAUUUGCGUACCGAGAGAGUUCAGCAAGCUAUUGGGGCUUACCAGAAUUAUAGUGGUUAUAGCAGUGCCGUGGGCAGAGCUUUUGCUGCAACAGGAGAUGAUAGUCGGGAGGCAGGAACUGUAGAAGCUUUGAGAAAAUUGGUAGAGCAGGGUGUUAACACUGUUCUUUUUGCUGGAGACGCCGAUUACAAGUAAGUUUUCUUUCUCAGCAAUAUUUAAAAGGCAAAGAAUGAAUCUAAAAAAUUCAUAGCUGUAACUGGCUAGGCAGCGAGGCAGUAGCCGAAGAAGUCAACAUACCAGGAUAUUCCUCCGCAGGCUACACCAACAUCACCACUUCCGAUUCCAUAACCCACGGCCAAGUCAAACAAUCCGGACUCUUCUCCUUCUCCCGGAUCUACGAAUCCGGCCAUGAAGUCCCCUUCUACCAGCCUCUCGUUGCAUUGGAACUCUUCGACCGCGCCAUCAGAGGAAAGGAUAUCGCGACCGGAUCAGUAGAGGCGAAAUCGGGAUACAUCACUAAUGGCACCGCGAAAAGUACCUACAGAGAGAGAAAUGGGACGAUUAGUUUUGCGGUCCUGCCUCCAAAUAGUACGUAUAAUACUACGACCAAUCGACCGGAUGUUGGGGAUGACACGUCGAAGUUGAGGAAAAGGGGUGAGGGUUUGCUGAGUCCUAGGAAGAGGUUUAUGCUUUCGAUGGAACUUUAGGUGGUAAGGUGAGACGGUAUUGAAAUGGAAUAAUGAGUAAUGAUAAAUUAUUAUGCUCUAAAUGUUUCACACAUGGGGUUUAAUUUGGAAUGAAGAUGAAUGUGAAUGUUCUGAUAACUUCACGGUUGUGCCAGUGAUUGACAAGAGUCAAUUCAUCAAUUAG